AACGUAGCAUUUUGUUCAGUGCGCGGACAAUGUUCGCGAACGACGCACGCGCUCCGCUACCGCGAUUCAAAUAUCGAACUCAGUAACGGGAAGCGAAACUUUUUUAAAACUUUAAAUUUCGAAUCUCAGAUUUUAAAAGAGUGUGUGAUUUUUUUUUCUUUAUUUAAAAGUUUUUGUGGCUGCGUACUUAACAGUUUUUUAACGUUACAUGUUAUUUUAAUUUGACUUACUUAUUAAUCUAAAUUUGACAUACGUAAAAAUAACCAAGUGACUAAAUACAAAUUUAAUAUUAUUAAAAAAAGAAGGUACUUACUUAAAAAUUAUUGACAAAAAUAUUUAAAACUUAUGCUUAACAAUUUUAAGAUUAUUUAAACAUUUAUAAGCACAUUUAAAAAGUGAUAUAUAACUGUGAUAUUAAAAAUUUUGUGACCAAACUACAAAGUGGUUUAAAAAUUUUAAAAAUAAAAUAAAAAAUAUUUAAAAAACUGUGAAUGUGCCAGUAUCAAGUGGAACUUUCGUGAACCCUUAGUGAAAUCUACCUUCACCCAAAGAAUGCACGCCUGACCACAGUCUUUCCUAACUCCGUCAGCGCAGAGGCGCGCGCGCACCAUGCUGGGGGUUCUGCCCGUCAAGUGGGUCGCCAGGCUCAAGCAUGGAGGAGUGGUCAACCAGUUCAUCAUGGCUACCAUGGUCACCAUCCCCGCCCUAAACUUCGGCAUGCUAAUGGGCUGGCAGUCGCCUAUGACACCCAUCCUGCAAUCCAAGGAUGGGCCAGCACCGGAACCCAUCAGCGAUGAGACCAUAUCCUGGAUGGCAGCCAUAACGUUCAUGCCGCCGAUAUUCUGCGGGUUCAUGGUGGGAGACCUGGCUGAUCGGUGGGGGAGGAAGUUCACUACGCUGUUGACUGCGCUGAUGCUUGUGAUCAGCUGGACAAUAACCCUGUGCUCGCUGGCUCCGUGGGCACUGAUCACAUCGCGUGCUGUGGCUGGGCUGGCCUGCGCUGGAUGCUAUGUCGUCAUACCACUGUACUUGAAGGAGAUAGCAUCGGACAACAUCCGUGGCGCCCUCGGUUCCCUCUUCAUCCUCUCCCAGAACCUGGGCUACCUGGUGGUCUACGUGGCUGGAGACCUGCUGUCCUUCGCAGCAGUUCUGUGGCUCUGCACUGCGGUACCGGCCAUCUUCCUCGUGGCCUUCAUUGCUAUGCCAGAGACGCCCGUGUUCUUGGUGAAGCAGGGGAAGAUUAAGGAGGCCCGUGCAGCGCUAGCCUGGCUUCGGAACACCACCACCGAUGACAAAGAUUUGGAGGAAGCUAUUCAGCAGCUCGAGAGGGAAGAGGAACACGCCAGGAGUAUGAAGAAAGCCACUUGGAAGAGCAUAGUGAAAGACAAGACCACCUUCAAAGCGUUCCGGAUCUCCCUCAACGUGAUGCUCUCCCAAGAGACCUGUGGGUAUCUCGUAGUCCUCAUGUACGCCGGCUCCAUCUUCGAGCAGGCUUCAGAGUCUAUCAGCCUGAAGCUCAGUCCUAACAAGCAGACUAUUGUGGUGGGAGCCAUUCAGUUGCUUGGCAGUAUUGUAGCAAGCUGUAUUGUUGAACAGACUGGGAGGAAGUGGCUUCUAGCAGGCACGUCUUUCGCCACCGGCCUCUCAAUGCUGGCCCUAGGCGCGUGGUUCUACAUCACCUCCAUGAACAUCUGGCUGCCGGGCUGGCUGCCAGUCCUCGCUAUGUGCCUGUGUAUCUUCGCUGAUGCUGCAGGGUACCAGCCCGUGCCAUAUGUUAUUACUUCGGAGCUGUUCUCCUUCCAGCACCGAGGCAUGGUGACUUCCUUCGUGAGCUCAGUGGACGCUCUCAGCGACUUCCUCCAAACGAAAGCCUACGACCCCCUCCUCAAACUCCUGGGGAUCCACUGGGUCUUCAUCAUGUUUUCCAUGGUUUGCUUCCUGGGUACCUUCUACACCGUCAUGUGGGUUCCUGAGACGAAGGACAAGACUGUGGAAGAGAUAUACGCUCUUCUAGAAGAUGGGAGAAAGAAGGAGAAGAGGAAAGGGAAAGAGGAUGUGGAGAAUGGGAAAGAGAUGAGUAGGUUAUAAGUUUUUUGGUAGGCUUGUCGAAUUGAAGGGCGCCACAGUCCUGUAAUGAUGACCUUUAUGUUUGUAACUCUACGUUUACAUUUAGACAUCACUUUUGCAGCCAGAUCGGAUUUUUGCAGGAUACGUUUUACUUAGUCGCAAUGUAAUAAAUAUGUGAAAUUUAUAAGAGAUUGAAAUGAGUCUAUGAAGAUCUGUUUAUUACUGUAUCCUGCAAAAAUCUGAUUUCGUUUAGUUUAUGUCCCGUUUGAACGUAGCAGAGGUGACAAAAAAUGAUUGAGAAUCCGUAAAAAAAUAUCUCAGUUUUUCCUUUUUUUCCUUGAAUGUAAAAUUGUGUGACUUUCAUUAUAAUCGACGAAGGUCCAUUUUCACUGAUAACGUAAACGACUGUUUUUCUUAAAGCAACUGUUUUCUUAGCAGAGAGAGCCUGAAAAUUACAUUAAAUUGAGCGUUAAAAUAAACAGCUUGAGAAAAACUGACAUUUAUGUUGUUAGCGAAUUUGGGCUCUGAUUGUAAUCUUAUUAUAUGACGUAAGCUUGAAAUAUAAAAUAAUUAAGGCCUGACUAUAUUUACCACUUAACUAACCUAUGUAAAAAAUUGCAUUGUAAAAUUAAACAGAAAAUUAAUUAAAAGUAAUAACAAUCUGACAAUUUUAAAGAAUAACAACAAUACAUAAUAAUAUUAAGAUUGUAUACACUUACAUUCAUAGUACAAAAAAAAUGUUAAAUUGUAACACACUCUAAACUAAAAACUAAAAAUGCAAUUUAAUUAAAAACAACACAAUUUAACAAUGUAUUUACUUAAUUAACUUAUGCUUAUACAAAAUAUUGUAGUAUUUAUGAAAUCGACAAUUUUUAUUAAUUUUGCAGUGAUUUAAGUACCUAAUUUUAUAUCUUAUUUUUUAGUCUUCCACUCUUAUAUAGUAACGUUUGACUCUUUCUAUGACUUGACGCGGCGUGACUUCAAUUCGACAAGCGUUAUUACAUCAAAAAUGUACAGAAAAUACAUUAUUAUAAACAAAAGACAAUAACACAAUUGUAACAAUGAAUUUUCUGAACAUUCCAAUUUCAGUAAGAACCAAUCCUUCUGCAAACGAUUUUGUACUUUAAACUCAACUAAAUAAAGUGCAUUAUCGAUUGCAGGAUGGUCGUAAUACGUGCCUCCCGACUACCGAUUGUGAUAUUAUGACGAAUUAAUAAUGUUUAAUGUUUUGGUAUUAUUAGUAUAAGAUGUCUAAAUGACGUUAAAAAAAUAAUUUAUAUCAAAUGG